AUGGCUGCUGCAGCAUGGGAUCAUUUAGGGGAAAUUGCAAAUGUGGCUCAACUAACAGGUUUUGAUGCAGUGAAGCUAAUAGGAAUGAUUGUAAAAGCUGCUAGCACUGCUCGUUUGCACAAAAACAACUGCAAACAAUUCGCAAUGCAUUUGAGAUUGAUUGGAAAUCUUUUAGAACAACUUCAAAUCAGUGAACUCAAGAAGUAUCCAGAAACUCGUGAACCUUUAGAGCAACUUGAAGAUGCAUUAAGAAGAUCUUACAUUUUGGUGAAUAGUUGUCAGGAUAGAAGCUAUUUCUACUUACUUGCAAUGGGUUGGACCAUUGUUUACCAAUUUAAAAAGGCACAAGAUGAGAUCGAUAGAUACUUGAAGAUCAUACCUCUCAUUACUCUUGUGGAUAAUUCUCGAUUCAAGGAAAGAUUGGAAUAUAUUGAAAUGGACAAAAACGAAUACACAUUAGAUGAAGAAGACAGAAGGGUGCAAGAUGUUAUUAUGAAGCCUAAUCCAUCUAAUACUGAUGAUGUUGCUGUUUUGAGAAGAUCUCUUUCUUUUAGCUACCCAGAUUUGCCUUUUAAUGAGGUUAUAAAGAAAGAAAAUGAAAAACUUCAUAUGGAGCUACAACAUUCACAAUCCUAUUUAGAUGUUAGCCAAUGUGAAAUGGUUCAAAAUCUUAUGGAAAUCGUGGAUGUUUUUGCUUCAAAUUCUCAGUAUGAAAAGGAUGUGGAAUACUAUCCGUAUGUUAUUAGCAAUAAAGAACAUGAAGAUCAUAAUGAAGUGCAAAAGAAUGUUCUUUCAACUUCAAGAAGCAUUUCUUCAGUUUCAUCCAGACAAGAUUUGCUUUCUUCUAGAGGAUCUUAUCGAGAGGAAGAAUGGCAUUCAGAUGUUCUUGGUUGUUGUUCAGAGCCUAUGAUGUGCUUAAAAACCUUUUUAUGUCCAUGUGGAACACUCUCAAAAAUUGCUACAGUGGCAACAAACACGCACAUGACUUCAGCAGAUGCUUGCAAUGAGCUGAUGGCUUACUCCUUAAUAGCAUCAUGUUGUUGCUAUACUUGUUGCAUUAGGAGGAAGCUUCGGAAUACUUUGAACAUCAGGGGAGGGUGGUGUGGUGACUUUGUAUUGCAUUUAUGUUGCUGUUGUUGUGCGCUUGUCCAAGAAUUACGGGAAAUUGAAAUGCGAGGAAUUCAUGUUGAAGGUCCUCAGACGAUAAAAACAAUUCCUCCCUCCACACAGUACAUGGAAUCAUAGAGGGAUAAUAAAACGUAUCACUUCAUGGCAAAAUGUUGUUCUUUUCAUAAUAUUUUGGUUUUAGGAGAAAGAAUUGGGAGUUUACGCACGUGUAUUGUGUUUGCUAGU